AUGCUAACCCAUGUUUUUAUCCUAGGUGGUAAGAUGAAAGUCAGUGAAAGACUAACCCGUUUCUUAAGUAGUGGAGAGUUACCCACCCCUGAUACUAGUCCCACUUCAUCGCCUAUUAAAAAUACAAUACUUCCAAAGCAAGUUAAAGAUAAAGGAACGAUCAGUAACACAAUUGUAUCAGAUAUAUCAGGUCCAUCUGAAACAGUUUUCUUACCCCAAUCAAAUUAUAAGAGUUAUUUAUUAGGUAUUGUUCAAAAGUAUGAUGAUUCGAGUGCUCAAGCCAAUGCUUUAGAAUUACAUCAACAACAUGUAAUAUUACUCAAAACGUUAUAUGAUGCAUUAAGAUCGAAAUUAGAAGAUUAUGAACUUGAUUUAGUUAAAUAUGAGGAGUCAUUAAAUAAACAAGAACAGUUCCUUCUUUCCAAAACAGACUUUUUGGAUAAUUAUAAAGUUGCCUUACAAUUGAAAGAGAAAUCAUUAAUCAGUAAAUUAAAACAAAUGGAACAGAAAGAUAUGGAGUUGAUUCAUAUAGAUAAAUCCAUUGAAGAUGGUCUUAAACAUGUUGAUGUGAAAUUCUUGGCCAUUUAUAAUGAUAUUGUUAAACCUUGUCAAAUACAUUUAAACCAAAUGAAGGAUAGAAUAGAUUCUAAUGAUGGUGAUUCUUGGAUUAAUAAUAAUAGACGGGUUAUAAAGAGUAGAUUUCCAAUUGAAUACGCACAAUACGUUACCUUAAUCAAUCAAAUAGAUGAUAUAUCAGAUAAUAUUACUAAAUUAUAA